GAUGUGAUGAUGCAGAACUCCACUAGAGGGCGACUUUAUAUCUGCUUGAUAUCUGGGAGGAACAGAAGAAGAGGAGCUGCACCAGAUGAUGAGGAUGAGGAUGAGGAGCUCGAGCUCCAGUUCCCUCAUCCUGCUGAUCAGAGACCAUAAACUCACUCUCCCGGACUCGGUGUAUCAGUGUGGUGAGAAAAUGCAGACGGAGAUGAGCAGCACUUCUGAUGGAAGAACGUCGAGCUCAGUAGGACACGUCACUCCUGUGGAUCUACAGAAUGGAGAAUUCUGGAGGAAACCUUUGAAAGAAGAAGAAUCUAGUGAUGAUGAUGAUGAUGAUGAUGAUUUCUAUGGAGAUGGAGGAACAUCAAGCUCUGUGGAAGACAUCCCUCCUGAGGAGCGAGCAGGACAGGACAGAGGACUCCAGAUCAUUCUGAAAGAAAAACCUAAACAUGAUGACUAUCUGUACUGUGAAGAUUGUAAAUCUUUCUUCAUCAACAAAUGUGAUGUUCACGGUCCGGCUCUCUUUAUCCCUGAUGUUGCGGUUCCACUGGGGGUCGCUGACCGAGCCAGACAGACCCUUCCUCCGGGUCUAGAGAUUCGGAAGUCCAGUAUUCCUGACGCAGGCCUGGGAGUGUUCAACAACAGCGACACUAUUCCAGUUGGUGCUCACUUCGGACCGUACCAGGGAGACACGGUAGAGCGAGAGGAAGCCAUGAACAGCCCCUACUCCUGGGUGAUUCAGCGGAGUGAGAGAUGUGAGAAAUACAUCGACGCCUCGUCAGAGUUCAAGUCCAACUGGAUGAGAUAUGGACAACACUCAAGUCUUCACCUGCUCCCUGUGUCCACUUUCCUACACGGUUCAGAUUUACCUUCACAAACACAUCAAGAGAUGCCACAAUGAAGAAUAUGUGAAACUCUUUAAAGCAGGAGUGAUCGGUCCUCUUCCUGCAGACGCUUCCUCUCAGAGACGUCUCCAGAGGAAGAAUUAUCACUGCAGCUUCUGUGGAAAGGGUUUUAUUUACCAGAGUAGCCUCCAGCAUCAUCAA